AUGCCAACAUGGUCCAGGGAGACGGCGCCAGGGAACGCGGAUGGUGCUCCUCGGCCUCGGUCUCGGGACUUGGCAGAUCAUGGAGAGGCCGAACAUGCAGUCGAUGCCAUGUUAGGCACCUGUCGGAAAAGGUUAAAUACUUGCCGGCGAUCCGGAGAGACCACGGUCCAGCUUCCCCCAUCUGACAACCUCUUCUCAACGACUUCUUCCGCCCCUACGUCACUAGCAAGUAUGCUGUUCAGCGUUACCAAGGCCGUGGCGCUCCUCUCCGCCAUUCUCGCCGUGCAGGCGGCGCCUGUGGACAACGAGAUCGCCGCUCGUGGCUCCACGGGCAUCAACGACUUCAACUGCAAGCCCCGGCCGGGCAAGUACCCUGUCAUCAUGCUGCACGGUCUUGGAGCCCCCGCUGGUGUCAACUGGUUCUUGCACGCACCUGCUCUUGCACUUGAUGGCUACUGCGUCUACACGCCUCAGUACGGCUCGGCCGGACGGAUUUGGUUCGGUUUUGGCUCAAUGCGCGACUCUGCCGCGGAAAUUUCCGCCUAUGUCGACAAAGUGCGCGCCGCUACUGGCGCGGCAAAGGUCAACCUCGUCGGCCACUCUAUGGGUACGACCGUCAGCACAUACUACAUGAAGUUCCUGGGUGGAAACGAGACCGUCAACCAGUUUGUCGGCUUUGGCGCAAACUACAAGGGCACGACGCUGUACGGCAUCGACAAGCUGGUCCACACCAUCCCCGGUGUCAGCCCCGCCGUCCGCGCCAUCUGCGCGUCGUGCGACGAGUUCCUCAACCCGUCGCAGUUCAUCACCGACCUCAAUGCUGGGGGCGUCUCGGUCCCCGGCCCGGGAUACACCACCAUCGUGUCCAAGCUCGACGAGUUUGUGCUCCCGUACACCAGCGGUACCCUCAACGAGCCCGGCGUGACCAACAUUGUCAUCCAGGACCAGUGCAUCAAGAACCUGGCCGUCGACAUUACUGGCCACCUCGCGCAGGCUGCCGACCUCAACGUCCUGGCGUUUGUCAAGUGGGGCCUGAACGGCAAGAAGGGCCCCCUCCCGCGCUGUAUUCCCUGGCUCAUCCCCGGCCGCCGUGAUGACGAGUCAGUCGAGGAGCGUGAGGCCACCGUCGCCCAGAUUGAGGCUUGA